CUGGGGAACUAGUCCCUCAGCCAGCAGCCCAUCCUUCCUUGCCCUGUCUCCAGUUCUCCAGUGUUCGCAGGUGAGCUCACCCACGGCCGCUGCUCAAGAUGGAGGCCAUCAAGAAAAAGAUGCAGAUGCUGAAGUUGGACAAGGAGAAUGCUCUGGAUCGGGCAGAGCAAGCCGAAGCUGAGCAAAAGCAGGCAGAAGAGAGAAGUAAACAGCUGGAAGAUGAGCUGGCAGCCAUGCAGAAGAAACUAAAAGGGACAGAGGAUGAGCUGGACAAAUAUUCUGAAGCUCUGAAGGAUGCCCAGGAGAAGCUGGAGCUGGCAGAGAAGAAAGCAGCUGAUGCUGAGGCUGAGGUGGCCUCCUUGAACCGUAGGAUCCAGCUGGUUGAAGAGGAGCUGGACCGCGCUCAAGAGCGCCUGGCCACUGCCCUGCAAAAGCUGGAGGAAGCUGAGAAAGCUGCUGAUGAGAGUGAGAGAGGUAUGAAGGUCAUUGAAAACCGAGCCUUAAAAGAUGAGGAAAAAAUGGAACUCCAGGAAAUCCAACUCAAAGAAGCUAAGCACAUUGCAGAAGAGGCAGAUAGGAAGUAUGAAGAGGUGGCUCGUAAGUUGGUGAUUAUUGAGGGAGACUUGGAACGCACAGAGGAGCGAGCUGAGCUGGCAGAGUCUAAGUGUUCUGAGCUGGAGGAGGAGCUGAAGAAUGUCACCAACAACCUCAAGUCUCUUGAGGCUCAGGCCGAGAAGUACUCUCAAAAAGAAGACAAAUAUGAGGAAGAGAUAAAGAUUCUCACUGACAAACUCAAGGAGGCAGAGACCCGGGCUGAGUUUGCCGAGAGAUCGGUAGCCAAGCUGGAAAAGACAAUUGAUGACUUGGAAGAUGAGCUCUAUGCCCAGAAACUGAAGUACAAGGCCAUUAGCGAGGAGCUGGACCACGCCCUCAAUGACAUGACCUCUAUAUAAACUGAAAUGCACCAAAGAGGAGCACCUCUGUACACAAAGGAUGCUGGACCAGACUCUGCUCGACCUGAAUGAGAUGUAGAGCACCCCAGCCCCGCCCUGCCGCCGCUCCUUCCUCUCACCCCGACUCCGCCUGAGGCCAGCCUGCCCGAAGCUGACCUUUAAACUGAGGGCUGAUCUUUAACUGGAAGGCUGCUUUCUCCUUUUGCCACCUCUCCCACUCCCACCCCUUUGCCCUUUUCACCAAACUGUCUCUGCCUCUCCUGAGAGAUUUCAGGUGGGCCAGAGGCUGAGCUCCUUUGGGAACAACUUUUAAGGGAAUGUGAGCACAAUGCAAAAUGUCUUUAAAGCAUGUCGUGAUGUACACAUUUUGUAAUUACCUUUUUUGUUGUUGAUGUAGCAACCAUUUGUAAAAAACAUUCCAGGUAAUUCCACAGUUUUGAAGCAGCAGUCUAAUCCCUUUCUCACUUUUGGAAGGUAACUUUUCAGCUUAAUGCAUAUUGCCCUCUCCAUAGAGGAAGGAUAACAGUGUGUGGGCCUGCCUUACUGAGAGCCAAACAGCCCAGAGAAAGACUUCAGUAUGGGAAACCUGGUUGCUCUGUAAAAAGUACCUGCCAUAUCAGAAAGGUGAUUCCAGGAGUUAGCCAAAAAAAAAGUGCUGUUCAGGUUUUCAGCUUUACAGUACCUUUGGGCAACUUUUAUGUUUUUCAUCAGAAGUGACCAAACAGAUUAAGAUGAGACCUCUGUCUGAGACCAAAUCCUCUACCCCGUUCCCAAUGGCUCAUAGAAUGGAUCAUGUGCCCCUUAUGUUGAGGUGACCACUUAUUAUUUGCUCCCCUGCCUCCUAGAAAGAAAGAAAAUUAUGUUUUGCCACUGAUUUAGCCAUAUGAAACUCAUCUCAUCACCCUUUUCUGGGUCUGAAGCUGCUGUCUCUAAAAGUGCCAUCUCAUUGUGCUUUGUGUCAGUUAGUGCUGGAGAAAUCUUGAAUAGCUUAUGUACAAAACUGUUUUUAAAUUUUAUAUUAUUUUGAAACUUUGCUUCUUUGGGGUUGGGGCACACUGGUCACCCCAUCUGGCUGUCAGUUCUGUGCAGUCGGCUGGCAGUGUGCUGAUCAUUUAAAGUUUCUUUCCCUACACAGUUCUGCCCUCCUCCCUCCACGUUUGGUGAGGUUUCAGUGAGGUCUGUUAGGUGUGCAUCCUGCAGCUUAAUUGGCUUAAAAUGUACUCUUUUUUGUGGUCUCUUUGGGGGCCGAUUAGGAGAAAGAAAAACCAAUAAUGUAACUGUUUUGAUACUGAAAAUUGAUGUGUCUUUUUGAAAUAAAGAACCAGUCCCUCCAA